UCCCGUUUUCACUGCUUUCCACUGUUUUUAAUACCAUAAAUAAACCCUAAACAAGCUUGUAAGCACUAUAAAUAUUCAACCCCAGCUCUUUCUUCUCCACACAACUCAACUAACUAUCUCACUUUGUCUCUUAUCUCACAAAAAAACAACACAAUGGCAAAACUAUACCAAACUCUCUUUCUAAUCAUCUCAUUCUUCUCGCUGGAGUUCACUGCCACCAUCGCAGCCUCACCGGCCGGAGCUUCCAGUAAAGCCGUCAACUUCAUCCAAGCCUCUUGCAAAGCCACCACAUACCCAUCCGUGUGCUUCCACUCCCUCUCCGCCUACGCAAACGCCAUCCAAACAAGCCCUCAACGCUUAGCCGAGACCGCUCUAGCCGUUACCCUAAGCCGAGUCCAGUCCACAAAGCUCUUUGUCUCGCGUUUGACGCGUUUCAAGACCCUUAAAAAGCGCGAGGUCGAAGCCAUCCAUGACUGCGUCGAGGAGAUCAAUGAUACCAUCGAACGUUUGACCAAGUCGGUCCAAGAGAUGAAGCUAUGUGGUGGUGCCAAGAAUCAAGAACAGUUUGCGUUCCACAUGAGUAAUGCUCAGACUUGGACUAGUGCUGCUUUGACUGAUGAGAACACUUGCUCAGAUGGGUUCUCGGGUCGGUUCAUGGAUGGACGGGUCAAGAACUCGGUUCGUGCUAGAAUAGUUAACAUGGGCCAGGAAACCAGCAAUGCUUUGUCCUUGAUUAAUGCAUUUGCUAAAAAGCAUUAAUUUAAAACUUUAUUUAAGUAAUAUUUUGUUGUACCUCGAAUAUAUAAAAUAUAUAGAAAAUAGUAAUGUCUCGCUAAGAGUUUGAUGUGAUAUAUAUGUCGCUUUUGUUAGAUUUUUUUUUCUUAUUUGUUCAAGUGUAAUUUGAGGUAUACAAGUUGAAGAAUUUGAGUAUGCAAGUUGAGGUACAACAAAGAAAAAUGCAUAGACAAUCUUCCUACCUUUCACACACACUAAGUUAAUUUCUUGAGGCAAGUUGGGCACACAUUUUCAUGUUUUCACAUCUUUUUUCAAACCAAACAAAAAGAACGAGAAAAAUAUUUAAGGCUAAUUUUUUGAAGUAUUUGCUGAAGGUCGGAGGCUGUUGCUUGUAGUGUUUCCCCUCAAAACUGAUACUGAAUUUGAGCUAUGUAAGUUGAAGAAUUUGAGCUAUGCAAGUAGAAGAAGAUGAGCUUUUUAUUGCCAUAAAGAAAAAUGCAUAGACAAACUUCCUACCUUUCACACACACUAUAUUAAUUUUCUUGAUGCAAGUUGGGCACACAUUUUCAUGUUUACACAUCUUUUUUCAAGCCAAACAAAAAGAACGAGAAAAAUA